UUGAUUUUCAUUGAUCCGGCAAUCAACGAGAAGAUACUCUCUCUUCAUUAUGGCGAACUUAGUGCACAAAUCUUAACUGUGGAUGCACAAAAUUCUUUCAAUGAAGGAGUCCUUAUUCUUGUGACUGGAUAUUUGACUGGAAAGGACAGUUUGAGGCACAAAUUUACUCAGAGUUUCUUCCUAGCACCUCAAGACAAAGGCUACUUUGUUUUAAAUGAUGCAUUUAGAUAUGUUGACGAUGGGAGCCAAAGUUUCGUGAAUGAUGUUGGAGUGCCCCUUACUCCUGACCCUGCAACUGAAUUGUCAGAGGUUGUUGAUGGAGAAGUAUACAACCUUCCUGAAAAUGUACAGGCUUCAAUUGAAGAAGAGGAAAUGCCAGUUGGUGAGGUAGUAGAUGAAGUUUCAGAUGAAUGGCAGCUAGUGGCUGAAUCCAACUCUGAAACUGAAGAAACUCCAAAAAAGUCAUAUGCCUCUAUUGUUAAGGUUAUGAAGGAGAGUCCAGCUGCUUUUUCCUCCCCAACUUAUGCUCCUCGGAGGUCUGUUUCCAGGAGCCAAGAGCAACCAGUAAUUGCUGGACCUCCUCCUCCUCCUCUGGUGUCUGAGACACCGAUUUCCAGCACAAAUGCUAAUGAAAACAGUAGUAAUAAGGAUUAUGAAGGCGUGCAGUUUGUUAUUGUUGACUUUUAAUAUAAGUAGAACCUUGAAAGGAUUUUUUUCAUAAAAGGUUUGAUGCAAUUGGGUUUUGGUUUUGUCAAAUAACUCAACUAAGUAUUUUUUCACUAUUUUGAUUCUAUUACCUAUUCGGAAAUUAUGUAUGGGACAAUGUCAUUAAGCUUCUUCUUCUUUUUUUUUUUUUUUUCUUUUUUUUUUUUUGAGAAGUCAUAUAGCUACUUGUUGAUCAAUUUACUUAUACUUAAUAGAAAAUUUUGAAAGCAAUGAUCUGAUCUGUUUUCUCCUCUGUGUUAUCUUAGUUUUCUUCAAUAUUUACUGCAUUUUGAUCACUAAAUUUUGAUAUGCGCAGAAUGGCUGGGACAAGAUUAAUCCAAUGGUUGAAUCUUCUAGUAUGGACACUAGUAAUGCUCAAAACAGAAGGUGCUAAUGUAUUAUGUAUCA